UCUCUCUUUAAAUGGCUGACAUUUUGUUGGAUUCCGUACAAGUCUAGUUCUUUUGGCUUACUACUAUACAUUGUUUCGUACUUUUAAAUGUUUUAUAUUUAUAUAAUGUCUCUAAUAAAUUGUUGUACACGUUAAUGUAAUAAUUUGUGAAUGUGUCAAAUAAGAAGAGUGAUAUUUAAAUGAAUUAUUAUUAUUAUUAUAAUUAUUAUUGAGUGUGGUGUUGAUGAAAAUGAUGAAGAUCCAGAGUCAAGGUGAAUAAGCAUGAAGCUUUUGCAAACGAAUCUUGACUUUUCUUGUAUUGAUCCUGAUGAUGCGCGAUUCAUCUCACCUAAAUCUGUGCUUUAUAAAUGAUUAUUAUUUAUAAUUAAAUUUUUUUAAAUACUUUAUAAAAACAAUGGAAAUUGUGGGUGAUUAUGAGUACAACACAAAAGACCUUAUUGGUCAUGGUGCUUUUGCUGUUGUUUUUAAAGGCAGACAUAGAAAGAAACCAAAUUUCGUAGUUGCAAUCAAAAGUAUAACAAAAAAAAGUUUGGCCAAAUCCCAAAAUCUUCUGGGCAAAGAAAUCAAGAUUUUAAAGGAGCUGACGGAACUUCAUCAUGAAAAUGUUGUCGCUCUAUUAGAUUGCAAGGAAUCCAAUCAUAAUGUCUUCCUCGUUAUGGAGUAUUGCAAUGGAGGUGAUCUGGCUGAUUAUCUAGGAGCUAAAGGUACCUUAUCUGAGGAUACAAUAAGAGUAUUCUUGAAGCAAUUAGCUGGAGCUAUGAAAGCUCUUCAUGCCAAAGGAGUAGUCCACCGUGAUCUAAAGCCACAAAAUAUAUUAUUGAGUCAUAAUUGUGGAAAAGCAUGUCCACAACCCCAUCAAAUCACAUUAAAAAUUGCUGAUUUUGGAUUUGCAAGAUUUUUACAAGAUGGUGUAAUGGCAGCUACGCUGUGUGGAUCUCCAAUGUAUAUGGCUCCAGAAGUGAUAAUGUCACUGCAGUAUGACGCAAAAGCUGAUUUAUGGUCCCUCGGUACAAUCGUAUUUCAGUGUCUGACUGGUAAAGCACCAUUUCAAGCUCACACACCUCAAGCUUUAAAGUUAUUUUACGAAAAAAAUGUUAAUCUCGGUCCAAAAAUACCACCUGGUACAUCACCAGAACUAUCAAGUUUGCUAAUGGGUCUUUUGAGACGCAAUGCCAGAGAUCGUAUGGCUUUUGAUGAAUUUUUCAAUCAUCGAUUUCUUCAUGGAACUCACGAUAGUCAAAAUUUAGUGUUUGCUGAAUUACCAGCAUCACCAGAGAUUAUACCAGAGCCAAGAGCUGAGCUUAUAAAUCCAUCCGUUCCAGAGGCCAAUAGUCCUUGCUCAAGUCCUGAAGAUGGUUUUGUUCUUGUACCAAAUGAUUUGAGCAAUGAUAUUGAAAAUAAUCCGACUUGUCAACAAGUUAAAUAUACCAAACAAACCAGUAAAGAAGCAGUUAGUCCACCAAGGCCAUGUUUUCUACCAAUAUCUGAACCAAUUCCUGUACCAACCCAACAAAGUACUGUUAAUCCAUCAUCAUCAUCACUACCAUCAUCAUCAUCAUCAUCAUCAUCAUCUACAACAACAAAAACAACAACAAUAGCAACAGCAACAACAACAACUAUACGAACUGAAACAAGUGUUGUACCACGAUCACAACCAAUAAGUAUGAAACGAAGUGUUGAUUGUUGUCAUAAAAAUCAUCCGGUUGAUAUCGGUUCGUUAAGUCCACCAAGUGUACAAUUUGUUAUUGGAACACCACCAAGUAGAAGACUAAGUGAAACUCCACCUCCACCCCAUACAUGGCAAGUCAGUCCAAGUGCCAGGCAUUCUCAUAUCUCUACUGGUAAUUCACCAUUAAAAAGAUCACUCGGAAGUAAUAGUUCUUCUUCACCACUUCUCACUGGACCCCUUGCUGUUUUGGGUUCACCGACUGCUAAAGCACUUCAAGAUAAUAAUAAUACUUUAAGGCAUUCACCAGUUAUUCCAUUUGGAACUCGAGCAGUAACUUUACCUGAAAUAUCUGAAGCUGGAAGCUUUCAGAGUUUCUUUCCAGAACUCAUUCCAACAUGUUCGGAUGAUCGUCCGUUGACAUUCAUUGCUCCAGAAUUACCAGAAGAAACUUUAUUGGAACGGGAACAUAAUGAAAUACUGGCCAAGCUUAAUUUUGUCGUGGCACUGUGUGAUUGUGUAAGCGAAGUUGCAAGAACUCGGGCUGGACCCUUGGGUGCACAUCUUGGUGGUGUUGAACCAUCAAGUAAUGCCGCGACAAAAAGACGAGCAGAGCAAGUUAUUCUAUUAGUCAGAGCCCUCCAGUGGCUCAGCUCGGGUCUCAGUUUAGCUACCCAGCAAUUAAAAGCUGGAAGACUUCAACCGACAACAAAUGUCAAGGAGGUUGUCAAUACAAUGAAUGAUAAAUUUAGAAUUUGUUUGACUGAAUGUAAGCAAUUGAAUAGUGCAGGAUUAUUACGACAAACUGGAGCAACUGCUGAUAAAAUUCUUUAUAAUCAUGCAAUACAAAUGUGUCAGUCAGCUGCUCUAGAUGAACUUUUUGGAAAUCCAGCGGAAUGCUUUCAGCGUUAUCAUACUGCACAAAUUCUACUUCAUUCUCUGUCGCAGCAUGUAAACCACAGCCAAGACAGAGCAUUGCUUAUCAAAUAUAAAACUGCGGUGGAAAAACGACUGUACGUUCUUCAGCAACAAGGAUAUAUCUACGCUACAGAUCCAACGUAACGACUGCUGUGAAAAUAAAAAUCAUCCAAACAAAUAACUUAUAGAUUCUUUUAAUAACAUAUAUAUAAAA